AUGCCAGGCCUGGGCACAAGCACGUUGCCAAACAGCCUGGGCUGUGCUGCCCUCACCCGCCAGGCCCUUUGCUGGGAGCCCGUCCCAGCUCGGCACAGGCAAAGAGCGCGGCGCAGUUCUGACUCUGGAGAUGAGAGGCAAAAAUGGAAGAAGAAGAAAUCUAAAAGUAGGGACCAGCACGACAAAAGCCAGAAGAAACACCGCUCACGGUCCCGGGGUCGUUCUGCCAGCUCGGGCUCAGAGAGAGAGAGUGACAAGAGGAGAGCCCAGAGCAGAGAAAGGCGGAGGAAGAGAGCUGGUUCCAAGUCCUCUGUGUCCUCUGUCAGCUCUCCGUCCCCCUCGCGUUCCCAGGGCAGGGAGGAGACACAGCAGCUGAGCCUUCAGGAGCGCUUGAGGUUGAAGGAAGAGAAGAAGAAGCAGGCUGCGCUCAUGAAAGCCUUGGAGACACCUGAAGAGAAACGGGCUCGCCGCCUGGCCAAGAAGGAAGCCAAGGAGAGGAAGAAGCGGGAGAAGAUGGGGUGGGGAGAAGAGUACAUGGGUUACACCAACACCGACAAUCCCUUUGGGGACAACAACCUGCUGGGCACCUUCAUCUGGAGCAAGGCCCUGGAGAAGAAGGGAAUCAGCCACCUGGAUGAGAAGGACCUGAAAGAGAGGAAUAAGCGAAUCCAGGAGGACAAUCGCCUGGAGCUGCAGAAGGUGAAGCAGCUGCGUCUGGAGCGGGAGCGAGAGAAGGCGAUGCGUGAGCAGGAGCUGGAGAUGCUGCAGCGGGAGAAAGAGGCAGAGCACUUCAAAACCUGGGAGGAACAGGAAGACAACUUCCACCUGCAGCAAGCCAAGCUGCGGUCUAAGAUCCGGAUUCGGGACGGGAGAGCGAAACCCAUUGACCUGCUGGCCAAGUACAUCAGUGCAGAGGAUGAUGACCUGGCUGUGGAGAUGCACGAGCCCUACACCUUCCUGAAUGGCCUGACUGUCUCCGACAUGGAAGAUCUGGUGGAGGAUAUCCAGGUUUACAUGGAGCUGGAGCAAGGCAAGAACGUGGAUUUCUGGAGGGACAUGACCAUCAUCACAGAGGAUGAGAUAGCCAAGCUCCGCAAACUCGAAGCCUCUGGGAAAGGAGGACCUGCGGAGCGUCGCGAUGGUGUCAAUGCCUCUGUCAGCUCGGAUGUGCAGUCUGUGUUCAAGGGGAAGACGUAUAACCAGCUGCAAGUGCUCUACCAAGGCAUUGAGAGCAAGAUCCGAGCAGGUGGACCCAAUCUCGACAUUGGCUACUGGGAGAGCCUGCUGCAGCAGCUGAAGGCCUACAUGGCCCGGGCCAGGCUGCGGGAGCGGCACCAGGACGUGCUGCGCCAGAAGUUGUACAAGUUGAAGCAGGAGCAGGGUGUGGAGUUCUUUCCCAUCAUCAAGAGGGAGCCAGCCUCCCCCAGUGACAGGCUGGAUCCUGAGGAGACCAUUGUAGUACAGCCAGGACCAUCCUCAGAGUCAGGGGCAGAGCCAGAGUCAGAGGCCAAGGGGGAUGCAGAGGGGGAGGCCGUGCUGAUGGAGGAGGACCUGAUCCAGCAGAGCCUGGACGAUUAUGACGCAGGGAAGUACAGCCCCCGACUGAUGGGCACCAACGAGCUGCCCUUUGACGCCCACGUGUUGGAGGCUGAGGAGGACCUGCACCGGCUGCUGCUUCUGCGUCAGCAGCUCCAGGUCACAGGUGAUGCUACCGAGAGCGCCGAUGACAUCUUCUUCCGUAAAGCAAAGGAGGGCAUGGGUGCAGACGAGGCGCAGUUCAGCGUGGAAAUGCCCCUUACAGGCAAGGCCUAUCUCUGGGCUGACAAGUACCGGCCCCGCAAGCCCCGCUUCUUCAACCGGGUGCACACAGGCUUUGAGUGGAACAAGUACAACCAGACCCACUAUGACUUCGACAACCCCCCACCCAAGAUUGUGCAGGGCUACAAGUUCAACAUUUUCUACCCUGACCUCAUUGACAAGCGCUCUACACCUGAGUACUUCCUGGAGGCCUGCCAGGACAACAAGGACUUUGCCAUCCUGCGCUUCCAUGCUGGGCCACCCUACGAGGACAUUGCCUUCAAGAUCGUUAACCGGGAGUGGGAGUAUUCCCACCGCCACGGCUUCCGCUGCCAGUUUGCCAAUGGUAUCUUCCAGCUCUGGUUCCACUUCAAACGUUACCGCUACCGUAGAUGAGGGGCUGCUCAGCUCCCCUCUGGACAUUCCCUCUGCCUGACCCAGUACACAGACUCCUUGUUUUCCUUGUUCUCCUUCCUUUUAUUCCAAGGGAUCUGAGACUGUGACACAAAUAAACAAGGGUUAUUUAA